AUGAUUAAAUGUUAUUCCUGCAAUGAUUAUGAUAUUGACAUAAUGACUUCUAUUGAUGAUUCAAAGCGUUCAUUAGUAGUUAUGGCUGAUUCAAGAGUUCGCAAGAAUGCAUCAGAACCAAUCAAUACAUACUCAUUCAUUCGUGGAAGUUAUGAUUCAACAUUAACCAGAACAGUAAACGAUAUAUUAAAUGAUUUGAAUAUUAAGGUAAGAGUUGAACAGAAGAGCGAAGAAAUAAAGAGUAUAAUGAAUGAAAACAAAGAUGUAAACAUUGACGAUAAACUUGCCCAGAGCAUAGUUGAUGGCAUCUGUGAUUUUGAAGUACAUAAUGAUGGUGGAAACAUGAAUUUAGAAAAAGAAGUUACAUUAUUCACACUGUUUCAAGCAAUUAAUUCGUUACCUAAUCAUUUAAUUAAUGAAGCAUACGAUAACGUUUAUAAUUUCUGCAAUUUAACUGAAAAUGCAAAAAGUAAUUUUGAAAAAGCACGUAGUAGAUAUGCACAUUUAAUGACUUCUCCAUUUGUUUUGGUGAAGAUUCUAAAACUUUAUCAAAAGGAAUAUUAUGAUGAAUAUGUUUUACCUUUAUUACGUAAGCCAAAAAUAACAUUUGAUAUCAAACUUGAUGACUCGUUUUUGAUAACAGAUAUUAGACGCAAGGCUGAAAAUCAUCAGUAUAAAAACAGUUCUGAAGUAAUCGAGGAUUUAUCACGUGUAAUCCGUUUUGUAGAUUGUGGAAACAAAUAUUUCAUUCAGAAAGAUUACAACAUACACGACAAAAUGAAUCAAAUAUCAUUUGUUCUUCAGUCAAACAUGAAAGAGUCACUCAAAAUGAUUAAAUUAUUUAAAGAAGAAGGUAAAACAAUAACAGCAUGGGAUGUACUACUAAAUCAAUUAUCCUCAUUAACCGUUAAGGGUGUUUGCUUUAAAUCUGAUUCCCCAGAUGUUUUCUCAACGUUUCAGGGUUAUAAAUACAACAUUCUUGAAAAGCCUGAUUACUCAAAAAUUGAGAUGUUUAUGAAUUUCAUUAAAGAAGCCAUUUGUGAUAAUAACGAUGAAGUGUAUAAAUACCUUCUCGGCUGGAUUGCAUCAAUGAUUCAACAUCCUGGAAUCAAGAAUGAAACAGCAAUUAUUUUGAAAGGACUUCAGGGAACAGGUAAAAACAGAUUUACAGAUAUUAUUUCUGAACUUCUCGCUGGUUAUUCAUGUAAAAACAUUACUGAAAUAAGUGAGCUAACGGGUAAUUUCAACUCAGUAGUUGAAAAUAAAAUGUUUCUUGUACUUAAUGAACUCAAGAAUGUAGGUGAAGAUAGACUCGCAAACUUCAACGCUUUGAAAUCAAUUAUUACGGAUAAUGAGAUUAGAAUUAAUGAAAAGAAUCAACCCAGAAGAACAGCUCAGAAU